AUGCCAGAGCUGGCGGUGCAGAAGGUGGUGGUCCACCCCCUGGUGCUGCUCAGUGUAGUGGAUAAUUUUAACCAAAUCGGCAAGGUUGGAAACCAGAAGUGUGUUGUUGGUGUGCUUUUGGGGUCAUGGCAAAAGAAAAUACUGGAUGUAUCCAACAGUUUUAUAGUCCCUUUUGAUGAAGAUGACAAAGAUGAUUCCGUCUGGUUUUUAGACCAUGAUUAUUUGGAAAACAUGUAUGGAAUGUUUAAGAAGGUCAAUGCCAGAGAAAGAAUAGUUGCAUGGUACCACACAGGCCCUAAACUACACAAGAAUGACAUCGCCAUCAAUGAACUCAUGAAAAGAUACUGCCCUAACUCAGUAUUAGUCAUCACUGAUGUGACACCAAAGGGCCUGGGACUGCCCACAGAAGCAUAUAUUUCAGUGGAAGAAGUUCAUGAUGGAACUCCAACCUCCAAAACCUUUGAGCACGUGACCAGUGAAAUUGGAGCAGAAGAAGCUGAAGAAGUUGGGGUCGAACACUUGUUAUGAGACAUCAAAGACACUACUGUGGGCACUCUUUCCCAGCGGAUCACAAACCAGGUGCAUGGUUUGAAGGGACUGAACUCCAAACUUCUGGAUAUCAAAGGCUGUCUGGAGAAAGUGGCUUCAGGCAAGCUUCCCAUCAACCACCAAAUCAUCUACCAGCUGCAGUACGUCUUCAACCUGCUGCCAGACGUUGGCCUGCAGGAGUUUGUCAAGGCCUUUUACCUAACGACCAACGACCAGAUGGUUGUGGUGUAUUUGGCCUCCCUGAUCCGUUCAGUGGUUGCCCUGCACAACCUCAUCAACAACAAGAUUGCCAACAGGGAUGAAGAGAAGAAAGAAGGGCAGGAAAAAGAAGAGAGCAAAAAGGAUAGAAAAGAUGAUGAAGAGAAAGAUAAGGGAAAGAGUGAUAGAAAGACAGAAGAGAAAAAGAAGAAAAAAUAA